CCCCCAGCACAUCCUCUCCUGCACCGGCUGGCUCCCUGGCUCCCUGGGUGGCCCUGGGCCUGCAGGCUCCACCCAUGCCACCUCGCGCCAGCCCCACCACCUGCAAUUGGGCCACACCUCCCCCAGCUGCCCCUCCUCUCUGGGCCUCCACCUUCCCAUGGGGGCAGGGAGGCUCCUCUGCCCCCCACUGCUCCAGCUUAGCCCUCAGCCACCCUUGCCCCUCACCCUCUCUGCCUCCGCUUCUCCUCUCCCCUCAUUUCUCAGCUCUGCUCAGGCCCUGACUUCUCCUUGGCUUCACAGCGCCCAAGGCUGAGACCCCCACCAUGGCCAGCCCCGGGAAGCCUGGGGCUGGGGAGGCCCAGGAGGAUGAGGGGUGGGAUGAGGGGCGCGCCCCAGAGCCACUGGCAGCGACACUGGAGCAGGCCCAGGAGUUGUUUCUGCUGUGCGACAAGGAGGCCAAGGGCUUCAUCACCCGGCACGACCUGCAGGUGAGCCCCCAGCCCCAAGAGGCCUCCCACCCCAGGGCUGAGCCUGGCUACUCAGCCUUGCCAUCCUUGCCUGGCCAGGGCCUGCAGAGCGACUUGCCCCUCACGCCUGAACAGCUGGAGGCUGUGUUCGAAAGUCUGGACCAGGCGCACACUGGCUUCCUCACCGCUCGGGAGUUCUGCCUUGGCCUGGGGAAGUUGGUGGGGGUGGAGCCUGCCCCGGGUGCUCUGCCCUCCCGGGCUCCAGAGGAAACCUUCGAGGCCGGCUGGUCGGAUGUGCAAGGCACCGGGGGCUCCCUGGAGGAGGAGGACGAGGAGAGAUUCUGCUCUGCACUGGUGCAGCUAGGGGUGGCCCGGGUCCUGGGCGAGCAGCGGGCAAUUCGGACGCUCUGGACCCAGCUGCAGCGUGAGCGACCCGAACUGUUGGGAUCCUUCGAGGACGUUCUGAUGCGGGCGUCGGCCUGCCUGGAGGAAGCGGCCCGAGAGCGGGAGGGCCUAGAGCAGGCGCUGCGGCGGCGGGAGGGCGAGCACGAGAGAGAGGUGCGAUGCCUGUACGAAGAUACGGAGCAGCAGCUUCGCGAGCAGCGCCAGCGCCUGCGUAGUCAGGACGUCCCCCGGGAGGAGCGGAGAGGCCGCCUAGAGCUGGAGCUGCAGAGUCGCGAGCAGGAGCUGGAACGCGCGGGGCUGCGGCAGCGGGAGUUGGAACAGCAGCUGCAGGCUCGGACCACUGAGCAGCUGGAGGCGCAGGCGCAGAACGCCCAGCUGUGGCUGGCCAACGAGGCGCUGCGGGCGCAACUGGAAGGGGCGCAAGAGCAGCUCCGCAGAAUGGAGAGCGACUUUCUGGGCCGUCGGGAGCAAACCCAACGGUGCCGGGGGGCGGGGCUGGGGCGGGCCCUCAGGGGCGGACCCCGAGAAGGGUCGCGCUUGGAGCUCAGGGCUUCCAUCCCACCCGUCCCAGCCCCGCCUCCAGGGUCUCCGUGGGGCAGGGUCCUCCAGGGGGUCGUGGGGCACCCCGAGGAGCCUCCCUGCACCCAAAUCACCACCUCCGUCCUGCAGAGACGUGGUCGCUGUCUCGAGGAACAUGCAGAAAGAGAAGCUCAGCCUCCUGCGGCAACUGGAACUGCUCAGGAAUGCUGCCUCUUGAGACCUCUCAGAGCCCUUGGACUCCUAUUCCUCAGGGAGCUGAACACGAGGCUACGAGACGAGAGGGACGUCUGUGAGGCCAAGCGGCUGGGCAGUGGCCGCAGGAAGGCUCUGACCACGGCCCCCCUGCUGGGGCCCACCUGCUGCUGCUGCUGCUGCUGCUGCUGCUGCUGUUGUAGUAGCUGGGCUCGCCCCCCCAGACGCGGCUCUGGCCACCUUCCCAGUGCCCGCUGACCAGCCCGAGUGACUCACUGGGCGUUACUUGGUUACUCGGAGAAGCUGUCCCUUGAAGGCCACUCCUCAUGGCUGGGGGCUGCCCAUCCAGAACGUGGAUUCUACCCAGUAGGCUGCCUGGCCUGCCUGACUUGCAGACGUGAAGGAACUAAUCCUGGGUGGUCAGGGUCUCGCUGUGCCUCCCUGCCGGUCCUCACCCUACCCCCAUCCCAUCAAAACCAGCAGAAAACCCCCUCUUCCAAAUAAAGUCCACUGACUUCGACCUCCUCGGCCUCCUGUGUGUGUGGGAGCCACAACAUUUGAGAGGCCGUCCUCCCAACGGCGCCCAGAGAGGCUCCUGUCUGCAUCUGACCGCACCACCAGAG